UUUUGAAAGUCUAAAAAUAAUUUUCUUUCCUCUUCCUGUGAUUAUUUAACAACUGUCAGCUGAACUUAAGAAUUUCCAUAAUCGUCGCGGAUUAAAAAUAAAUAAUGGCUGUUAGAUUAUUCUCUAAAUUGAAGGUUCUCCCUGAGCUCCGAAGCACGUCAUUUGCUAGUUCGGCCGCGGCACCUGCUACUCUAUCAGACUUUGAUCUCCAGCAUAAAACUCCAGUGAUCAGGAAACAGAAGUUAAUCCCAAAGGCUCACUAUGGUGGCCGUCACGCUGUUACCAUGCUGCCCGGUGGAGGCAUUGGCCCCGAAUGUAUGGGUUACGUCAGAGACAUUUUCAAGUACAUUGGAGCACCUGUUGACUUUGAGGUAGUGGAUAUUGAUCCAACAAUGGACAAUGAUGACGAUGUCCAAUAUGCUAUUACGACAAUUAAAAGAAAUGGUGUUGGUCUCAAGGGCAACAUUGAGACCAAAAGUGAGGCAGCAUAUGUGACUUCACGUAAUGUAGCUCUUCGUAAUGAGCUUGACAUGUAUGCAUAUGUACUGAAUUGCAAGUCUUUCCCUGGUGUUCCAACUAGACAUAAGGAUAUUGAUGUUGUAAUUAUCAGACAAAACACUGAAGGCGAGUAUGCCAUGUUGGAACACGAAUCGGUCUAUGGAGUAAUUGAAUCCAUGAAAGUUGUGACGGCGAGUAACUCGGAACGCGUCGCAAGGUUCGCGUUUGAAUUUGCCAAGAGAAAUGGUAGGAAGAAGGUGACAACGGUCCACAAGGCAAACAUAAUGAAGCUUUCAGAUGGUCUUUUCCUAGAGACGUCCCGGCGGAUGGCUAAGGAAUAUCCAGAUAUCGAACAUAAUGAUAUGAUCAUCGACAACUGUUGUAUGCAGCUGGUCGCUAAGCCACACCAAUUUGACGUGAUGUUGAUGACAAAUUUAUAUGGGUCUAUCGUAUCCAAUGUGGUGUGUGGACUGCUGGGCGGCGCUGGCCUCCUCUCCGGCAGGAACUAUGGCGACCACUAUGCAGUCUUCGAACCCGGCACCAGAAACACAGGCACUGCGAUCGCCGGGAAGAACAUCGCUAACCCAGUGGCUAUGAUUAACGCCUCUAUAGAUAUGCUGGACCAUCUUGGCCAUUUCUUCCAUGCUGAUCUACUAAAGCGAGCGGUGUACAAGACCAUCAAUGAGGACCGCAUCAUGACUCCGGAUGUUGGUGGCUCUGCAUCCUCUACGGAAGUUGUCAACGCCAUCAUCGGUAACAUUGGCCAAUAGAUUUUGUAUCUUAUACAGUAUACCUAGAGUACAUAAUUGAGAACUUAACAUCAAUUGUAUAUUAAAGUAAAAAACUGAUUUUGUCUAUUCACAAAACCAAUUGUAAUGAUCAUUCUGUAUGUACUAAACUCGCCUUAAAGAGACUUCUUACAAAAAAGUUUGUAGAUCUAUAUUUAGGUUAUGCCGCUAAACACGCGGCCGAGUGUAUUACAUAUAGGUAUAGUGAAUGACACUUUUAUGAACCAUUUGAAUGAGGUGUUUUUUUAAUCCACUAUAAAGUAAAAACAUAGUUGACAUCUGUAUUAAGAUGGCUAUGGUAUUGUAUUUAAAAUUAACAUUGUAUUAUAUCAAUAGAUUAAUACAAUAUCCUCAGAAAUGGUCAUUGUUCUAGUUUUUCUAUUUAGAAGCAGUCAAAUUGUCAUGAAGCCAAAUUAGUUAAUGAAACAUUGUUAUAAAAACUUUGUUGUCAGUAUUUAUUUUGUAUGGGCCAACAUGAAAGUGUAUUUAGCACCAUUGAAGAAACCAAGUAAUAAAUUUUUUAAUAUAAUGUAGCUGAAAAAAAUUGCUAUAAGACAAUAAUGUCACACCUUUUUUCUUUUUUUUAUAAUUAUAUUAGUAUAUUAUGUAUAUAUACUAUUAUUUUCUAUAAAAAUAUCAGUGAUUUUUAAUACUGGCCAUAUUAUUUGUAGAAUUAAUGAAUUACUUAGUGUAGUAAUAUUUAAUAGAUCUUGUAAAAUUUGUACAAACAUUAGCUUCAAAAGCAUUUUGUCGAAUUUAAUAUUGUUUUUGUUGAUAUUAAUCAGUAGUAAAUAAUUAGGUCAUGCACACACGAAUACAUUAAAGUGGUAGAUAUUUUAUUACCAAAGAUUAAUGUGAAUUUAUAAUUUAUGACUAGACUAUAUUCACAUAGGAAAUAUAUGAAUAAUUAAUAUAAUGUAGUGCGUUUGCCUCUUGACUAUAAAAUAAUCUUAAUUGGCAAUAAUGAUAAUGGUUUUUGUGAUAAGUCCAUGCAUUACAACAAACGGUUUCUUUAAUUUUAAAAAAGUGGUAAUUUCUCCUCAAUAGGCCAAAGGAGUAUAACGCACAUUAAACGUACACACUGAAAAUUAUUACGACUUUUAUAUAAAAAAAUAACAGAGGUAUGCAACUUGUGUGACUGUUACAUCCAAUUGUUUAAGUACUUUGUGUGUGCAAGACGUUUUAUUAUUUUUUCCCACGUAGUUACUUUUUAUUUGGGAUCACUUAUUUAUUUCUAUGUAAUAUGUAAAUUAUAAAUAAAUUUAG